AUGGCAGAAGACCGUUUAUUUAAUUUUACUCCAUCACUUGAAGAUUUAAAUAUGGAUCGUAAUCCGUUACUUUCAUUAUCAAUUGAUACAUUUUCUGGUAUAGAAUCUUCUCUACAUAAUAUAAGUUGUCAAUCAUGUUCUUUAACAUCUGAAUCUUUAAUCGCAUUUUUAUGUUUAAAAAAUCUUGAACGUUUAAAACUUCAAUCAAAUUUAUUAACAAAUAUUUAUCCAGAAAAUCUUUUUUCGUCAAUGUUAAAAUUACGUGUUAUUGAUUUGCAACGUAAUCAAUUAAUACAAAUAUCAUCUGAAUUUCCUUCAUCAUUACGUGAAUUAGUAUUAAGUAAUAAUCGUUUAACUAUUUUACCACUUAAUAAUCAAACACUUCAACAAUUAUCUCAACUUAUUACGGUUGAUCUUAGUUCAAAUCCAUUACAAUGUGAUUGUUAUAUAAAGCCAUUAUAUUAUUGGUUAUUAAGACAUUUUCAAUCUGAACUAGUUCCAUAUGUACAAUGGAUAUGUUCAAAACCAGAACAUCUUGUUGGAAAAAAAUUAGGUUCUUUAAUAGAAGAUCAAUUAAUUUGUCAAGAGAAACAGAUAUCAUCAUUUAGUGUUUUAUUAAAAGAUUCAGAAUCAGUUAUUAUUGAAUGGUCAAUAACGUCUUUAUCAUUACCUUUAAAGUUAAUUGUUACGGAAAAUAAUAAUCCAUUACCAAUAAUUUAUUUAAAUAAAACACAAAAUUAUUAUCUUCUUGAAAGUUUAAAAUCAUCAACUAAUUAUUCCAUAUGUUUGCAAACAAGUGAACAAUAUUUAUGUCGAAAUAUAACAACAAAAACUCAACAAUAUAUUUCUUUAUCAUCAUCAUCAUCAUCAGUUACUAUUAGUAUUGAAUAUUUAAUUAUUGGUAUAACAAUAGGUAUUAUUAUUAUUUUACUUAUUCUUUUUAUUCUAAUACUAUUUUUAAUCAAACAACGUAAAAAAUAUCCUCACUCAUUAAAAUCAACAACAAUUGAUUCAUAUUAUCAAACAACUGGUUCCGAUACAACACAAAUUGCUACUUGUAAUAAUUCAAUAGAAGAACAUUCAAUAAAAAGUCUUAAACAUCAUCAAUCGCCACCAAUAUUUUGUUAUUGUCAAUUACCAUCAAAUUAUUACCAGGAUCAACAAUCUUAUCAUAUAUAUCAUGAAAUUCCACUUUAUAAACCUCCUGUUAUUAUUUAA